AUGAAACGAUCCGGCUCCACGCGCGUGGCGCGCAAGAUUGGCAGCUAUGACGACGACGACUCCGCAGACAGCGCGAACAACUCCCAAAGCGAGGUCCAGAAGCCUACAGUCGUCAAGCGGCCUGCGCUUGGUAAAGCAAAGAAGCGCUCUUCACUGAGGAUUUCCUUUGGUGGUGGAGACGAGGCGAACGAUGGCGAUGAAUCAAGCGACGCAGUUGUGACUCCAAAGAAGGCGAACCUCAGUCGCAUAGCCCUAGAAAAGAGCGCACAACUACGCGCGCGCUCGCCUCUGGUAUCCGAAACAGCCAAGCCGACGGAAUACAGCAAAGACUAUAUUGCCGAACUGCGCAACUCGACCCCAUCAACACCUAGAGACUUGAAAAUAGCCGACGAGGAAGAGGAGGAACCUCGGGCCCUGGACAUUGCCUCCAAGUUCGGACCCAUCGCGUCGCUCGAGGCCUCGUCCGCAAUCCCCACAGAAGCCGAGAUACAGGAAAAGAAGGCGCGAAGGCGACGGUUAGCACAGGAGGAGAAUGCGCUUGACGACGAUGACCGGGCCUGGGCAUCUGACGACCAGGGAGAGGACGAAUUCCGGCAGCAUAAGAAUGAGAUUUCUCUUCGACCAAAGGAAAAAUGGGGAGAGACUCGUUUGGUUCACGACGACGAAGACAUUGCGGAAGGAUUCGACGACUUUGUAGAGGAUGGCAAAAUAUCCCUUGGUCGCAAGUCAGAAAAAGAGGCACAGCGACGACGGCGGGCGGAGAUGGCGGAGCUCAUCAACGACGCCGAGGGAAUGUCAGGAGAUGAUGGGUCGGGCGACUCGGACGAAGAGAGGAACAUUGCAUUUGCUGCAGCACAAGCACGCGCGGGACGAUACGGUCAGAGGAUUGAGGACGAGGAAGACGGCACCAAGACACCGCCCCGAAUCACGCCUCUACCCGACUUGGACGAAGUGCUCCAAGGCCUCACAAUCGACAUACAGUCGAGGAAACAAAGAAAAGACAUGAUUCUGCAAAAGAUGCAAGAUCUCAACGACGACAAGACGAGGAUUGAAGAACGCAAAAAGUACCUUCAAGAACAGCUACAGAAGACUGGCGACGAGUACGAAAAGAUCCGCCAGGAAUCUGGACUUCCGGCGCUGCCUGCAGAUGGCGGAGGUCGGCUUAUCACAGAGAGAGGACUGGAUAGCCUAGGCACUACACCUCUGGCCGGUACACCUGUGCCCGGCCUAUCCAGCUCCAACUCAGAUGACGAGUAG